GUUUCUAGUGUGGAGGCUUUUUCUUCGCGCAGAGACACUGUUUGGUUUUUGUUUGAUUCAGUGUUACUCUUCUAGGCAGAUAAGGCUUCACCCCAAUCACUCUACAAUCACUCUACAUACAUGUAUACUACUUCUGUGUUAUAAAACAAAAUCUCACGAUUCAAGACAGAACUAGUUUUUGCUAUUGUUUGAUUUUACAAUGUUGAUUAGUGAACUUCCAGAUGAUUGUUUGCUCGCCAUUUUUGAUCAUAUCAAUAACAUAUAUGAUUUAAUAAGCUGCUUUAAAGUGUGUAUCAAAUGGAGUCAUUUAAUUGCUCAGCGAAACAAAAAAGUUAAAUAUUUGAUCGAACUUUACCCGGAGCGUGAUGAUUGUGUCUAUUAUCGAGGUAUUAAACAGAUCGAUGGAACUUAUUUAAACACAGAAUUUCCAAAUUUAAUAAUUUCUUAUAAACUCGAGGAAGAGGAAAAACGAAAACAUAAUUGUGCAUUGGUCAAAAAUCAAGAAUCUAUGCAAGGACCAAUCAACUCACAUCAAGGACCAAUAGAAAAAUAUCGUUUUCAACUCAAAAUGGUAUCUUUUGAUUUAAUUGAGCCAAAAAUUCAACAUGAGGGUUCCAGUGUAAAACAAUUGUUCCGAGUCAAAAGUUUAGAUCAAUUCAAAAAAGACGCACACUUGUUCCUAAAUCUUGAAAGACUAAAUGUUUAUGACUAUUACUAUAGCCUCAAUAGCUCUCUUUACGAAGGUCCAGUAUUGGAAAAGCUUAAAAUAGCUGAACUUGCCUUCUUUACUAUAAUGCGGUCAGAAGUUUGUUAUGAUUUCCAGCUCAUUGAUUCAUGUCCAAAUUUACAAAGUGCAUUUAUUGUCGCGAAUACUAAUCGCUUCUUUUUUGAUGGAACAUUAAAACACAAAAGUUUGCAAGAUUUAGUUUUAACUGGGAAAUCUACGUCAAUCGACUGGAAUGAUUUAGAGCGAUUGCUUAUGAAAUAUCCGAAUCUCAAACAUCUUGCGUUGUGGAGACAAUUUGGCAUAAAAGAUGAGCAUAUCAAGCAAUUGGUUCACAUGUUACCCAAUUUAGUGCUACUUGAUGUUCGUGGAUGUCGUUGGGUCACUCACAGAGCUGCUAAGUAUAUCCGAGUUUAUUGUGAGCUAUAUGAACGAUCAAUCAAGUUUUACUUCAGAGGCAAUUACCAUGAAAUUGAAUCAGAUUGGCCUCAGUUAUCCACUAAUCUAGAAUACUUUAGCCGAGGUUUUGAUUUCAUGAAACAUUGUUUUCUUAAAAAAUUUAGAGACCUUCCACAUUUCUUGGUUCCUAUUGAUGAUUAAAAAACACUUACUUUUAAUGUAUUUGUUAGUUUGACCUCUGAAACCCAUUUGAAGAUCUUGAGAUACAAAUGUAAAUCUGCGUUCUCCAAUCACUUCAUUACAUGGUUUGUUUUUUAGUGAGUAAUAUCUAUUUUCUAAAGAGUUUUCUUUGUGGCCAAAGAAUUUGAACUUUGGAUAAGGUUAAAGACCAGUAGAUAAACUUUAACUUCCACAGAGGUUUCAGAAUAUCGUUAAAGGUGAAUAAAUUGUCUAAUCGUUUUUGAAAAUA